UGUAUUUUUCAAGAUUAUCAUCUUCACCGAUGUUGAUAUGAGAUCUUAUCGUAUUAUAAAAGACGAUAUAACGAGUCGCCAUUUAUACAAACAGCUGGUGAUUUGCAUUAACGUACCUGCUGCUGCUUCUGUUGCUUCAAGUAAGCGAGGGCACAUCAUCGUCGAUUCAAUAAUGUCGGUGUUCUCUCCCUGGGAUUUGCCGAUGCCUUCUGCUUCAAAUCACUCUAAUCUUCAAUGCUUUCUUCGUUGCGUUACUCCUGUUGUUCCUAUCCGAUUGCUGCCAAAGGAAUUUAAUCAAAAUUCAAAUGGAUACUCGCAAAAUAUUGAGAAGGAUAAUGAUACAAUCGAAGGCUUCACUUUGAGUGAUCUGUGGCACUCUUAUACCGAGUGGAGUGCUUAUGGCGUUGCUGUCCCUAUUGUGUUGAACAAUGGCGCCGUCGUCGUGCAGUACUAUUCACCCUCCUUAUCGGCUUUGCAAAUAUAUACAAUCAAGCCCUUUUCUUCCUCAUUCAGUCCAUUGGGAAGCAUGGAGAAACCUGAAAACGGCUCUUGCAGUAAUGAUCAUGGCAGCAGUGACGAAAUUUGCAACUCUUCUUUUUCAUCAAGCAAUGGCUCAUGUUCGAGUUCGGAGACCACUUGGGACGAUGAUUCUACAACAUUUACUAAAACAAUUGAUCAAUGUGGCUACUUGUACUACCAGUACAAUGAGAUGGCUAGUCCUUACGAUCGAGUUCCCCUUCUAGAAAAGAUUAAUGAGUUGAGCAAGCAGUAUCCUUGUUUAUUUGACAUCCGCAGCACAGAUGUUUCACCUUAUAGUUGGAUGGCAAUAGCUUGGUAUCCUGUCUAUCAAAUUCCAUUGGCAAGGGAUGUGAAAGAACUGUCGGCAUGUUUUCUCUCCUACCAUCCAUUGUCAUUUUUACCUCAAGGCGGCAAGAAAGAGGAGGUUUCGCUCCCUCCUUUUGCCGUGGUUACUUACAAGAUGUUUGGAACAUUGUGGAUUAAUCCCGGAACAUCAGACAAGGACACCAUUAUAUGUCAACAAACUGCUGCUGCUUCCUGGUUGAGACAACUUCAAUUCCGGCACCAUGAUUUCGACUUCUUCAUGUCUCGCCAGCAGCAUAAUAACUGACGUUAAACCUCAGUCACGGUUGCAGCAGUUUCGGAAUAAGGGAAGGGUUUGCAGACGCUAGAAUUUUACUUCAACCGAGGUUGAUUAAGAAUUGGCAGUCAUCUGCAUUUUUGGCUCUCUUUUUCUAACUAAAAAUCCUGCUUUAUAGUUUUGUUUAAUCAGUAGUCUUGGUUCGGUAACAAUGGAUAAAUGGGAUUUGUGGGAUUUAGUUGCUGUUUAGGUGAAGAACAUUGCGGCCAAAUACCAGUCGAACAAUAGAUUUCUAUCGAUCUACAAUCAUUCAUUGAUAGCAGCACUCCGAG